AUGAUACAAGGUGGUAACUCAUUGGACAAGGCACCUGCUAGCAAUGUCUACGAUUUUGUCAAAGCAAAUGGGGGUCAUACUGUAAUCACCAAGGUCCUAAUUGCAAACAACGGUAUUGCUGCCGUGAAAGAAAUUCGUUCGAUUCGCCAAUGGAGCUACGAAACGUUCGGCAGGGAACGCGCCGUGGAAUUUACGGUUAUGGCGACUCCUGAAGAUCUCAAAGUGAACGCCGAAUAUAUUCGGAUGGCCGACCAAUAUAUCGAAGUUCCAGGAGGAUCAAAUAACAAUAACUAUGCGAAUGUCGAUUUGAUAGUUGAUAUCGCGGAACGUGCUGGUGUUCACGCCGUUUGGGCAGGAUGGGGACACGCUUCCGAGAAUCCUCGCCUCCCGGAAAGUUUGGCUGCAAGCAAAAACAAGAUUAUCUUUAUCGGGCCUCCAGGAAGCGCCAUGAGGAGCCUGGGUGACAAAAUUUCUAGCACAAUCGUUGCUCAGAGCGCAAACGUACCCACAAUGCCUUGGUCAGGCACAGGAAUCACGGACACUGUGCUUUCAGAAUCAGGAUAUGUGACCGUACCAGACAAGGCUUAUGCUGAUGCCUGCGUGUCGUCCGUUGAGGAGGGUAUGGAACGUGCCGAAGAAAUUGGAUAUCCGGUGAUGAUCAAAGCCAGCGAGGGCGGAGGUGGCAAGGGAAUCAGAAAAGUCGAUCACCCAGAUGGAUUUAAAAAUGCGUAUCACGCGGCCUCAGGCGAAAUUCCAGGCUCGCCCAUCUUUAUCAUGAAGCUUGCUGGUCAAGCGCGUCAUUUGGAAGUUCAGCUCCUCGCAGAUCAAUAUGGAAACGCCAUCUCUCUCUUUGGUCGAGACUGCUCGGUGCAACGCCGGCAUCAGAAAAUCAUCGAAGAAGCGCCAGUUACAAUCGCGAAAGAGGAGACUUUCGAACAAAUGGAACGUGCAGCGGUUCGCCUCUCAAAACUUGUUGGCUAUGUCAGCGCGGGAACAGUAGAAUAUCUUUACAGUCACGCCGAUGAUUCGUUUUACUUUUUAGAGCUCAAUCCUCGUCUCCAAGUUGAGCAUCCGACCACGGAGAUGGUGUCUGGUGUCAACCUCCCUGCUGCACAACUCCAGGUUGCUAUGGGUCUUCCCUUGCACCGUAUUCGUGACAUUCGUCAACUCUAUGGCGUCGCUCCUGGCAGCUCUGAAAUCGACUUUGAAAUGAUCAGGCCGGACGCCAACCAACUGCAACGCAAGCCUCGUCCGAAAGGCCAUGUUGUCGCUGUCCGAAUCACUGCGGAAAAUCCCGACGCUGGUUUCAAACCGUCGUCUGGUUCAUUGCAGGAACUCAAUUUCCGCUCAAGCACCAAUGUCUGGGGCUAUUUCUCUGUCAGUACAGCUGGUGGAUUACACGAGUUUGCCGAUUCACAGUUCGGUCAUAUUUUUGCCUACGGCGAAGAUCGCAGUGAGAGCCGAAAAAACAUGAUCGUUGCUCUCAAGGAGUUGAGCAUUCGCGGAGAUUUUAGAACAACGGUGGAGUAUCUUAUCAAGCUCUUGGAGUUGGAAGCAUUCAAGGAGAAUACCAUCACGACUGGCUGGCUUGAUUCCCUUAUCAGUAGCAAGCUUACGGCAGAACGCCCUGAUGCGACUCUGGCGGUUGUUUGCGGCGCCGUUACCAAGGCCUACUUAGCGUCGGACGCUUGCUGGACAGAAUACAAGCGUGUCCUUGAAAAGGGACAAGUGCCUGGUCGUGACGUUCUCAAAACCGUCUUCGGCGUCGAUUUCAUCUACGAAAACACUCGUUACUCUUUUACCGCUGCUCGAUCUUCGUCAACAGUUUGGACUCUCUAUCUCAACGGUGGCAGGACAAUGGUUGGUGCAAGGCCGCUUGCGGAUGGCGGCCUGCUCGUGCUCCUUGACGGUAGAAGUCACUCCAUCUACUGGCGUGAGGAAGUUGGCGCCCUCAGAUUGAUGGUCGACGCCAAAACCUGUCUGAUCGAGCAGGAAAACGAUCCCACUCAACUAAGGAGCCCAAGCCCUGGUAAGCUGGUCCGGUUCUUUGUUGAUAGCGGAGAUCAUGUCAAUGCUGGAGACCAGUAUGCGGAAAUAGAGGUCAUGAAAAUGUACAUGCCACUUAUCGCCUCGGAGGAUGGUGUCAUCCAGCUAAUCAAGCAGCCGGGAGUCAGCCUCGAACCUGGAGACAUUCUCGGUAUCCUCACUCUUGAUGAUCCAGCCCGUGUCAAACACGCGAAGCCGUUUGAGGGCCUUCUGCCUCAGAUGGGGGCCCCAGGUGUUAUGGGUAGUAAGCCCCACCAAACGCUCAACCGUUGUAUGGGAGUUUUGAACGACAUCUUGGAUGGGUUCGACAAUCAAUCCAUCAUGGCCUCUACACUCAAGGAGCUCGUCAAAGUUCUCCAUGAUCCUGAAUUGCCGUACUCUGAAGUGACCGCCAUUCUUUCGUCACUAUCAGGUCGUAUGCCUGCCAAGUUAGAGGAGACCAUCCGUUCUGCGAUGGAUAUUGCGAAGGCGAAAGGCGACGGUCAUGAUUUCCCUGCUGUUCGCAUCAAGAAGGUUAUUGAUAACUAUAUUCAAGACCAUAUAUUGUCUCAAGAUCGAGCGAUGUUCCGCACGAAGAUUGCAGGACUUUAUGACGUCUUGGAGAGGUAUUUGGGAGGCUUGAAAGGACAUGAGACGGAGACUAUUGCCAAUCUUUUGUCUCGUUAUGAAGCAACGGAGAAACUUUUCGGUGGCAGCAUUGAGGCUCGUGUUUUGGCUCUCCGCGAUCAGCACAAAGAUGAUCUCGACAAGGUCGUUGGUGCCGUUCUUAGCCACAUCAAGGUCCAGAGCAAAGUCAAAUUGGUCUUUGCCGUCCUGGACUACGUCAAGACAAGUGGACUCAAUGUCUCAAAUACCGAAGGCCGGCUUUAUCAAGUCUUGCAGGGACUUGCAUCGUUGGAAGCCAAAUCCUCCACCCCUGUUUCGCUCAAGGCUCGCGAGGUUCUCAUUCUUGGUCAAAUGCCCUCCUACGAGGAACGCCUUCAUCAGAUGGAAACUGUCCUAAAAAAUUCCGUCACAGACAACUAUUAUGGCGAACAACACGAUUCAACCCUAAGCAGGACCCCGUCUGCGGAGGUUCUUAAAGAACUCAGUGAUUCGAGGUACACCGUCUUCGAUGUGCUUCCUUCCUUCUUCGAUCACGAAGACCCUAUGGUUCGGCUCGCUGCCCUUGAGGUUUACGUUAGACGUGCAUACAAGGCAUAUACCCUACUUUCCAUCGACUACGAAGAAGGCGAGGUGCCGACGGCCGUAACAUGGCGCUUCAACCUUGGACGGUCGCAUUCUCCUCCAUCGACUCCUCGACUUUCUGGCGGGGAACCUCCUCGUAGAGCGGCUUCUGUCAGCGAUCUUACUUUCAUGAUCAAUCGCCACCAAUCGCAACCUGUGCGAAUUGGUGCAAUUGCCUCAUUCCCUAACCUUCCUUCCCUCUCAAAAGGCUUUAACAAGGUUGUCUCUAUGCUACCUGUUUUUGACAAACAGGAAUUCUCAGAGCGGUAUGGUGCCAACAAUGACGCACCCAACGUCGUUAAUAUUGCUCUUCGUAUUUUCCGCCCAGAGGACGACUUGUCCGAGGAAGCUUGGCAUCAGAAAAUCCUUGACUUUGUCAACAAGCACUCCAGCGUUCUCACUGAACGUGGAGUGCGGCGCAUUUCCAUAAUGCUCUGCCGCAUGGGCCAAUACCCAGUCUACUUCACCCUCCGCGAUUUUUCGGGUAUCUGGGGUGAGGAGCAGGCAAUUCGUAAUAUAGAGCCAGCCCUGGCAUUCCAACUGGAGCUAAGCCGUCUUUCCAACUACAACCUAAAACCCUGCUUCGUUGAGGCCAAACAAAUUCAUAUAUACCACGCUAUUGCGCGGGAGAACCAACUCGACAACCGAUUCUUCAUCCGCGCUUUGGUAAGGCCUGGUCGCUUACGCGGCUCUAUGACCACAGCAGAGUAUCUCAUUUCCGAAACUGAUCGCUUGGUCACAAGCGUUUUGGACGCUCUCGAAAUCGUGAGUGCAGAACACCGAAACGCCGACUGCAAUCAUAUCUUCAUGAACUUCGUCUACAACCUGGCUGUCGGUUACGAAGACGUCCUGGCCGCUAUCUCUGGUUUUAUUGAACGCCACGGCAAGCGGCUUUGGCGUCUCCACGUCACAAGCUCUGAAAUUCGCAUCGCCCUUGAGGACAGCGACGGCAACGUCACCCCCAUUCGAUGCACCAUUGAAAACGUCUCCGGCUUCAUCGUCAACUACCACGGGUAUCAAGAAAUAACCACUGACAAAGGGACAACGAUUCUCAAAUCAAUAGGCGAUAAGGGGCCUCUGCAUUUACAGCCUGUGCACCAAGCAUACCCAACCAAGGAAUCGCUUCAACCAAAACGGUACCAGGCACAUCUCAUUGGAACCACAUAUGUAUAUGACUUCCCCGAUCUCUUCUCAAAAGCCCUGCACAACGUUUGGAUCAAAGCUCGCAACACCGACCCCUCCCUUGUUCUUCCCAAGUCCUUCUUGGAGUCGAAGGAACUCGUUUUGGAUGAGCAUGAUCGAUUGACCGAAGUAGACAGGGCACCUGGCAACAACAACUUCGGCAUGGUUGGAUGGGUAUUUACCCUCAGAACCCCAGAAUUUCCACAAGGUCGCAAAGUCGUCGUCGUCGCCAAUGACAUUACCUACAAGAUCGGAUCUUUUGGACCUGUUGAAGACCAAUUCUUCUAUCAAGUAACCCAAUACGCUCGCGAACGCGGUCUCCCUCGCAUCUACCUAUCAGCCAACUCCGGUGCUAGACUUGGUCUGGCAGAAGAGGUUAUUCCCUUGUUCUCAACCGCCUGGAAAGAGCAGGGCAAGCCGGAAAAGGGAUUCGAUUAUCUCUAUCUCACCCCAGAGAAUUUCCUCAAGUUGCAGGAGAAGGGUGCGAAUAGCGUCCGCACUGAAGAGAUCAAGGACGAUGGUGAACGUCGUUUCAAGAUCACUGACAUUAUCGGAUUGCAAGAAGGUCUCGGCGUCGAAUCUCUCAAGGGUUCCGGCCUCAUCGCUGGUGAGACCUCACGAGCGUACAACGAUAUUUUCACAAUCACACUCGUUACCGCGAGGUCGGUUGGAAUUGGCGCCUAUCUCGUACGCCUUGGGGAGCGAGCCGUUCAGGUCGAGGGUCAGCCCAUCAUCCUUACUGGUGCGCAGGCUCUCAACAAAGUCCUCGGACGCGAAGUCUACACAUCCAAUCUGCAACUCGGCGGUACCCAGAUCAUGUUCAAGAACGGGGUCUCCCACCUCACUGCAGGCAGCGAUUUACAAGGAGCUACUCAUAUUUUGGAAUGGCUUUCAUACGUACCAGAAAUUAAGAAUGGCCCACUGCCCGUUCGAGAAAGCUCUGAUUCAUGGGAUCGUGACAUUGGUUAUCUGCCUCCGAAGGGCGCAUACGAUCCUCGUUGGUUUAUUGAAGGAAAGAUCGACGAGAACACAUCCGAGUGGACGAGUGGGUUUUUCGACAAAGACUCUUUCCAAGAGACGCUCAGCGGUUGGGCCCAAACGGUCGUGGUCGGACGUGCGCGUCUGGGUGGAAUUCCUAUGGGCGUGAUUGCUGUCGAGACCCGCACUAUUGAACGAUUGGUUCCAGCAGACCCAGCAAAUCCUGCUUCCUUUGAACAGCGAAUCAUGGAGGCUGGUCAGGUUUGGUAUCCUAAUUCAGCGUACAAAACCGCGCAGGCCAUUUUCGACUUCGAUCGUGAAGGGUUGCCUUUGAUUAUCUUUGCAAAUUGGCGGGGAUUCUCCGGUGGACAGCAAGAUAUGUAUGAUGAGGUACUGAAGCAAGGCUCCAAGAUUGUCGACGGUUUAUCAAGCUACAAGCAGCCAGUUUUCGUUUACAUUGUACCCAACGGCGAGCUCCGCGGUGGCGCAUGGGUUGUUCUCGACCCAUCAAUCAAUUCUGAGCAGAUGGAGAUGUAUGCCGAUGUUGACGCUCGUGCGGGUGUGCUUGAGCCGGAGGGCAUUAUCGAAAUCAAGAUGCGACGAGACAAGAUUCGAUCUUUGAUGGAACGUCUUGAUUCGACGUAUGCUUCGUUGAAUCGUGAUAGCAAGGAUGCCUCCAAGUCUGAAGAAGAGCGCAGCACUGCUUCGACUGCCUUGGCUGCCCGAGAAACUUUCCUGCAACCGACAUACAAACAAAUUGCAAUCCUGUACGCCGAUCUCCAUGAUCGUACCGGUCGCAUGGAGGCGAAAGGUUGUGCCAAGCCUGCUGUAUGGAGAAAUGCCCGACGCUACUUUUACUGGGCGGUACGGGCUCGUGUCGCUCGAUCAGUUGCUCUUGCAGAUCUUGCAGAAGCCAGCCCCGGUAUUUCAUUCGAGCAUCGAUCCCAGCUCUUAGACGACCUUGCAUCCAUCGAACCAGGCAUGGAUUACCGGCAGAUGUCGGAGGCUCUCGAAAAAUUGGAUCUUACCCGAACUCUCGCCCAACUCAGAGCCGACCACCUUAUGCGCCGGUUGGUGGACUUGACGAAGCAGGAUCACAAAGCGGCUAUGGAAAGCUUCCUGCGUAUGGCAGACCAUCUGUCGGACGAGGACAGGACCUCACUAAUAGGUGCUCUUCAAGGACCUCGUUCUGCACCCCUAUCGAAAUGAAGAACGCAUUCCUUUCUUAUAUCCAGCAAUUGUUUCAUCAUCCUCAGCAUCUGUUAGCUUUCGUUUGCAUGGUUUUCUGUAAUCCCAUUAGAUAGUAUAGAGAAUUGCACACCUGUUUUAGUUAAAAGUUU